AGCCCUGGGUGCUGCUGUCCUGCAAAGCGGAGGCACCAUGCUGUCCCAGGCCAGGACAUCGGGCAUCCCCGGAAGCCCUGUGAGGCUGGCUGCGGAAGCUCCCUGACACUCAGAGGAAAGCCCAGGCUGGGUGAGCAACACCUGUCUUCCACUGCCAUAGAGGGACCCUCCUCCAUCUCGCCACCCACUCCCAGCACCUGGCCCCAGCCCGAAGGAGGCUCUGGACCCUGGAUGGCCAGAGGACCACCACACACCGGCCACACCCUAUUUCCCCCCUCGGCCAAUUCAGAGGCCUUACCAGGCGGAGGCAGGGAUGGACAAGAUGCUUUGUUGCUGGGCAUGCCGGCAGCUGCUGCAGCACUCCCCCGCCCCCAGGCCCAAGAUGACACCCAACAGCACCAGGGAGGUGCCCAGCGCCGCUCCCAUGGGGGCCUUUGGACUCUCCCUGGUCCUGGCUAGCCUCAUCGUCCUGGCCAACCUGCUCCUGGCCCUGGGCAUCGCUGGGGACCGCCGCCUGCGCAGCCGGCCCGCCGGCUGCUUCUUCCUGAGCCUGCUGCUCGCUGGGCUGCUCACGGGGCUGGCGCUGCCCGCACUGCCGGGCCUGUGGAGCCAGGGCCGCCGAGGCUACUGGUCCUGUCUCUUCCUCCACUUGGCUCCCAACUUCUCCUUCCUCUCCCUGCUCGCCAACCUGCUGCUGGUGCACGGGGAGCGCUACGUGGCCGUGCUGCGGCCCCUCCGGGCCCCCGGGAGCACUCGGCUGGCCCUGCUCCUCACCUGGGCCGGCCCCCUGCUCUUCGCCAGCCUGCCCGCUCUGGGGUGGAACCACUGGGCCCCCGGUGCCAACUGCAGCUCCCAAGCCGUCUUCCCAGCCCCCUACCUCUACCUCGAAGUCUACGGGCUGUUGCUGCCUGCCGUGGGUGCCUCGGCCUUUCUCUCCGCCCGCGUGCUGGCCACCGCCCACCGCCAGCUACGGGACAUCCGCCGGCUGGAGCGGGCCGUGUGCCGUGGGGCGCCCUCGGCCCUGGCCAGGGCCCUUAGCUGGAGGCAGGCGAGGGCGCAGGCUGGAGCCACCCUGCUCUUCGGGCUCUGCUGGGGGCCCUACGUGGCCACCCUGCUCCUCUCGGUGCUGGCCUAUGAGCAGCGCCCGCCGCUGGGGCCCGGAACUCUGCUGUCCCUCAUUUCGCUGGGCAGUGCCAGCGCAGCGGCUGUGCCUGUGGCCAUGGGACUGGGCGACCAGCGCUACACGGCUCCCUGGAGGGCGGCCGCCCAAAGGUGGCUGCGGGUGCUACGGGGAAGAGCCUCCCGGGGCAGUCCCGGCCCCAGCACUGCCUACUGCACCAGCAGCCAAAGCAGCAUGGACCUGGACUUGAACUAGGGGGGGUGGGGCUCUGCUCACUCCUGCUAGCAGCAUCCAUCCAUCUCAGCCACCAAGCCCGUCCCCACUGUCCACACACCUCUGGAUCGGAGAGCCUGCUGCUCCUAGUUUCCCACACCCUGGUCAAAUAAAACUCCU